ACGGAAGUCCGGUCCGCCGCGUCUCCAGGUUUCCUCGUGCGUGCCACUGCCGGCAUGGCGCACUACAACUUCAAGAAGAUUACGGUGGUGCCGUCUGCCAAGGACUUUAUUGACCUGACAUUAUCGAAGACUCAACGAAAGACUCCAACAGUUAUUCAUAAACAUUAUCAAAUUCAUCGAAUUCGACAUUUUUAUAUGAGAAAAGUCAAAUAUACUCAACAGAAUUACCAUGACAGACUGUCACAGAUUUUGACAGAUUUCCCCAAAUUGGAUGACAUCCAUCCAUUUUAUGCUGACUUGAUGAAUAUCCUCUAUGACAAGGAUCAUUACAAGUUGGCUCUAGGUCAAAUAAAUAUUGCCAAAAAUUUGGUGGACAAUGUUGCUAAAGAUUAUGUGCGGCUUAUGAAAUAUGGUGAUUCUCUGUACCGCUGCAAGCAGCUGAAGCGUGCUGCCCUUGGGCGCAUGUGUACUAUUAUCAAGAGACAGAGGCAGAGUUUGGAGUAUUUGGAACAAGUACGUCAACAUUUAUCCCGCUUGCCAACCAUUGACCCAAAUACAAGGACUCUUCUUUUGUGUGGGUAUCCAAAUGUUGGGAAAUCCAGCUUUAUCAAUAAGGUAACAAGAGCAGAUGUGGAUGUUCAGCCCUAUGCAUUUACCACCAAAUCUCUGUUUGUUGGGCACAUGGACUAUAAGUAUCUGCGCUGGCAGGUUGUAGAUACCCCAGGGAUUUUGGAUCAUCCUUUGGAAGAUCGGAACACCAUUGAAAUGCAGGCUAUCACAGCCCUGGCCCACCUUCGAGCUGCAGUUCUGUAUGUGAUGGAUUUAUCUGAGCAAUGUGGACAUGGGUUGAAGGAACAAUUAGAACUCUUCCAGAAUAUCAGACCUCUGUUUAUCAACAAGCCUCUUAUUGUUGUAGCAAACAAAUGUGAUGUGAAGAGAAUAGCUGAGCUUUCUGAAGAAGAUCAGAAAAUAUUUAUGGACUUGCAGGCUGAAGGAUUCCCUGUCGUUGAGACCAGCACCCUGACUGAGGAAGGUGUCAUUCAGGUUAAAACAGAGGCUUGUGAUAGGCUUUUGGCUCACCGAGUAGAAACAAAAAUGAAGGGAAAUAAAGUGAAUGAAGUUCUGAACAGAUUGCAUCUAGCUGUGCCAAACAAGAGAGAUGAUAAGGAGAGACCCCCUUUCAUCCCCGAAGGAGUGGUGGCCCGCAGGAAAAGAAUGGAGAUUGCAGAGCCCAGGAAGAAGAGGGAACGAGAUCUUGAGCUGGAAAUGGGAGAUGAUUAUAUUUUGGAUCUUCAGAAAUACUGGGAUCUAAUGAAUUCAUCUGAGAAAUAUGAUAAGAUACCAGAGAUCUGGGAAGGCCAUAAUGUUGCUGACUAUAUCGAUCCUGCUAUCAUGAAGAAAUUGGAAGAGUUAGAAAAGGAAGAAGAGCUAAGAACGGCUGCUGGGGAGUAUGACAGCGACUCUGAAAGUGAAGAUGAGGAAAUGAUGGAAAUCCGACAGCUGGCAAAACAAAUUAGAGAAAAGAAGAAGUUGAAAAUUCUACAGUCCAAAGAAAAGAACACGCAGGGACCCAGGAUGCCCCGAACUGCUAAGAAGGUUCAACGGGCAGACUUGGAGAAUGAGAUGCGUAGUCUUGGUGUUGACAUGGAUGAUAAAGACAAUGCCCACUAUGCAGUCCAGGCGAGAAGAUCUCGGAGUGUCACUAGGAAAAGGAAACGAGAAGAGUCUGUUCCACCCUCUUCUAUAGCCCGGAGUCGGAGUUGCUCUCGAACUCCACGUGAUGUUUCUGGUCUUCGGGAUGUCAAGAUGGUGAAGAAAGCCAAGACUAUGAUGAAGAAAGCCCAGAAGAAGAUGAAUCGCUUGGGGAAGAAAGGGGAAGCAGAUAGGCAUGUGUUUGAUAUGAAGCCCAAGCACUUACUCUCUGGGAAGAGGAAAGCUGGGAAAAAGGACAGGAGAUAGUGUUCCCUUGAGUUGGAGUGCUUUGGCUGGACUCUUGCUGUUUAUUUCUGGGUAUGGUGUGGUGUGCUUUAUACAGUUUGGAAUCAACAUCCAUUAACUGAAAAGAGAAACAAUGAAAAUGACCUAAAGAUGCUUGUUGCUUUGCUGAAAACUGGUAAACCUGAUUAGGUGUACGGUGUCCUUGUCACUGCACAGUACAAAUAUCUAAGUAUGGAGCGUUCUUUUUUUUUGUUUUUUGUUUUUGUUUUUGUUUGUUUGUUUUUGAGA